AUGGGAUUAGGCUGGACGUUGCUGCUGCUAGCGUCUGUGGGCAGUGCGAAUGUGUGUCUGCCAGAUGGCAUCCCCGAGAAUGACCGGGCAUUCUUGCAAAGCGCCACUGGUGAGCUCGAGGUGGUGAAGCUACUAGCUUUUGACUGGGCUUCAGCAGAGCUGGUGUCGAUCAUCGCGAGGAUCGUCAUCGAAGAGGUCCUGGGGUACAAAGCGGCCAUCAGUGACAUCAGACCCCUGGCGGUGCUUGAUGCUGCCCUGCCACUGUCAACUUGCCGAAGCAGCAAUUGCAGUGAAACGACUUCAGCGACGGGACAUAUAGCUCUUGAGACGUGGAUCGGAGCAUAUGGCGCAGAAUUUCAACUUUUCAAGCAGCGACACCCGAACCUGGUUCCGGAAGAUCUGGGUUCCAUCGGCUAUAGUGGUGAGGAGGCUAUGUAUGUUCGCCGAGACGUCCUCCACGAAGCCUACCGCAGCACGGGACAUGCCCUGCAAUUUUACAUGAGCUACAAUGUUUCCAAUUACGACGCGAAGCAGCACUUCGACCAGCUGAUGGACUUGCCAGCCGAGGAGAUCGCCCUCUGCAACGAGACCGGUCGUCUUUGGACCGAUCCGACUUUUAUGAACCUAUAUGCUCACUGGACCGGCGAUUUCGAUGGUCUCAUUGAGGUAACAGAGGGGUAUCACGCCAAGUGUCCCGACGGGCGUUUUUGGAUCUCGCCAACCUGCCGGCACAAUACCUCGAGGUGCAUUCCGGUUGUUUCCAACCGUCUUGGUUGGCUGGUGGACGUCUUCAUGUUUUGGUCGACAGCAUACGGAAUGCCUAUAGCUAUUGGAAUAUCGCGGAGUGUACAGCAGAACAUUGAGCACUUCAACAACCAUAAGGUGCUGACCUACUGGUAUCGGCCAGAUGUGAGAUUUGCCCUGUUGGAUCCAGAGCCCAUCGUUUUCCCUCGCCACCGUGCGACCGAAUGGGCACAGGGGAACAAGCGAACCAUGACGGAGGGCUCGUACAUUGGCAAGCUCGUGGCACGCAACCUGCGCUUCCAGGCCUUCAACUUGUACGAGUUCUUGCAAAACAUGCAUCUCGAUCUUACUGAAGUGCAGACCCUGCUCGCGACGGUGGCGACAGAAAACAUGCCGCUGGAAGCUGCUGCCUGCCGGUGGAUCGUGAUGAAUGCCCAGAAGUGGCGAAAUUGGAUUCGGAAGGAUACGAGCUGCCUUCCAGGUCACGGGCUUGUUGACGCGAGAGGGAUGUACGUCACAUCCCGCGCCGCAGCGGUUAGCUGCAGCUUCUGCGCAUCUGGAACAUCAUCAAACUCCUUGGUGGACGACUCUGGGCAGACCUACACCUGUCAGUCCUGUAGUCCUGGCACCUUUCAGAGCUCGUCCGGUGGGACUGUAUGCCUGGACUGCGAGCCUGGAAGAGUGGCAGGCAUGGGAGGCCUCACGGUGUGCGAGGUGUGCACGCUGGGCAGCUACGCGAACUCCUCUGCCAUGACCGAGUGCCUUCUUUGCUUUGAUGCCGACGGAGGUGGAGAGUGGACCACAAGUCGUGUGGCGCAAGGAGAGGAUAGGUGGAUUGAAGUAGAAGGGGCAAGCGAUGCCAGCUUCUGCCACUGCAGGUCAGGCUGGUUUCUCCAUAAUGGCGAGUGCCGACAGUGCAGUGCAGGGACCAUUUGUGCCGGCUCUGGCCAGCUAGAACUACUCCCUGGCUACUUCUCCAAUGCAGAAGACCCUGGAUAUGUCUUCAAGUGUGACAAUGUGGGGAUCUGCCCCGGGGGCAUGCCCGGAUCCUGCGCCGACGGGCGGGAUGCCAGCAGCGUGGCCUGCAGCGCUUGCCUGCCGGGCUUUCGCCCGAGCCGCGAAACCUGCAUACCCUGCAGUGGCAGUGACUACGCCGUCUUUACCCUGCUGGGUUUGGCGAUCGCGUGUGGCACAGGAUUUUUUCAUGUCUGGCGCCUGCACCAAGCAAGGCACCGCACCGUGAGACCCGUGGCCUUGCUGAACCUGAUGAUGUACGUCACGCAGCUGGUUGUGUAUCUCCAGCUCCUGGUCGUCCUCCAGAAGAUCGAUGUAAACUGGGAUGAGCCUUUCCUUCUGCUACUGGAGGUCUUCAGCAUCAUGUCCUUGAAUGAGUUCGUGAAGUCGCUCCAUGUGCUCUCAUGUGUAACAUACAUCUCUCCGACCUCCGAGUUUCUUCUUCAGACGCUUGCUGUGCCCGCGUUUUUCAUGCUGGCUCCAAGCAUGCACGUGAUUCUGAUGGUGGUCCCAAGAUGGCGCAGCCGGCGCCGGGGAAAUGCAAAGCUGCAUGUGCUUUUCGAAACGAUCGGGUCGCUGUCGGUGCUCUUCUUCAUCGUGUUGUGCACAGCUGUUGUGGUUCCUCUCCAGUGCCAUGAGCACCCAAAUGGUGUUUGGACCCUGCAGACAAGCGUGAAGAUGGUAUGCAACUUUACAGGGGUCCAUCUACAGCUUUGUGUCAUUGGUGCCGUCCUAGGUCUUCUACCUCUGGGCUUCCUGUCCUUGUGUGCCUGGGCCGUCUUACAUGAGUUCCCAAGGCGGGUGAAGCAGGGAGACAUGAGCUUCAUCAGCGCCUUCUCCUUCCUCGUGCUGCGCUUCUCGCCGGGACACGAGGGGUUCGCCAUCUUCCUCUUGCUUCGGAACAUGCUCUUCGCCCUUGCGCCGGUCUUCCCUUCAGCAAGCACGAGCUUGCUCUUGAUUCAGGCACUGGUUUGCUCCAACCUCUUUGGGGUCUCCUUCUUCAAGCCCUGGCGCACCUUGCAUGGCACCUAUGCCGACAUCUUGGCCAGCGCGAUCUUCCUAAUCGUUAUCCUUCAGGCUGCCUUCUUCGUAUCCGAUGUCGAUAAGGCCUCCUCCUCGAUUCUUUGCACGAUUGCCCUGGCCUCCAUCCUUAUCGGCCUUCUCAUAUCGAGCACGGUCACGCUGGGAAGACACGUGUUUGCUCGGCACGGUAGCAAGUUCCACUACUUCCUCUCCCACCACAAACAAGCGGCUGGGAGUUUGGCACGGCUGAUGAAGAUCGAGCUCCAGCUGAGGGGUGUCACGGCCUUCUUAGACGCGGACGACUUGACGGAUCUCUCCUGGCUGUUUUCGGUCUUGAGCCAGAAUGUUGAGCACCUCCUGAUCAUUGCCUCGCCGGCGGUUCUCACGAGAAAGUGGUGCGUCGCUGAAAUCGUAACAGCCAGAAUGAAAGGGCUGGAGGCCACACUUCUGGUACUGCCUGGCUUCUUCCUGCCUGCUGACACCUUCAUCGAUGAAUUCGAGAGUAUGUCUCAAAGCAGGGUGGAGCUGGCAAGCUGGGGAUUCGGAACGCAAGACAUCACCGAGACCAUGAGGUGGCUAAGGACCGUCAAGAAGUUCACCUUGGAGUCCCCUCUCAAGCUGGCGCAGCUGACGGACGUCCUGAAUUCCAUAUCCAGAACGAGCCGACCCCCACAGCAGCAAGCAGGGGACUCUGACUGCCUCAUCUUGGCGGACCCAGACAGCAUGGAGGCCGUGGCGACGGCCCACGUCCUGCGAUACUACAUGGCCCCUCACAUGCUGCAUUUGUGCAACGUGCUUCCGAAAGUUCUAGGACCGGAAGACACGAUCCAACGCGGCACACACAACCUCAGCAGCGCGAGCAUGAGUAAUCGCCCCUUGCUGUUGGUGAUCUUGUGUACGCGAAGCAGCCUUGUGUCCACCCUGAUGGCCGAUUGGCUCCUCCAAGCCUAUCGCAUCGCCGUUUCCUGCCACGUGUUGCCUGUGACUGCAGAGGACGGCUUUCAGGUGCCUCCGCCGACUGCUCUGGAGGAGAUUCGGCAGCACCCGAACAUUCGAAGGGCCCACGACUACCAUGCGGGGAUUACCUACAGCAAGGUGCUGCAGGCCGUCUUCAUGCAGGUGGCCGUGCAUUUCUUGCCGCAGUCCUUUGCAGAGGCAGGUUUGGAGCUGAAGGCCAGGCAGGUGGCUGAGCGACUGCAGCGGGAGCGCUCCGCGAAUCUGAGCUCACUCUUGGACAUGUCCCAAUGCACUUCAUCGGAUGCACUGAAGACCUUCUCCUCUGACCGACCUCUUGCUGGCAGUCUGAGCACUGUGCAGGAGCCGCCGGAGUCGCCGGAGCCGCCGGAGUCGCCGGAGUCGGCGGAGCCGCGGCAGGCCGCCUCUGUGGAUGAGCUGCUGAUCCUGACGCAGCUCAGCACGCUCAGCGGCCGCAGCACGGAAGACGGCAUGGUCGAAGAGGCGUUCUAA